AUGGGAACAUUUAAAAAAUUAUUUUUAAUUUUCUUUUUAAUUAUUAUAAAUAUUUUAUAUUGUUAUUGUGGUUGUGAAUUUUCUAGUAUCGGAGAAAAUAAAAAAUAUAAUUUUACACCUGCAUUCCCAGGUGAAUAUAUUUCAACUUCAGAUGGUACAAAUACAGUAUUUUUAAAUUUAUGUACAACAAAUCAAAUUUCAAAAUGUCCAACUACAAGUGCUUGUAUAAAAGAUUCAUCAAAAAAUACAGAUAUAGGACAACAAGUUGGACCUGCAAUUUUCCUACCAAAGGGAAUAUUACUUACAUAUAAAUCACAAGCUUAUCCAGAAUGUGUUGGUCUUGGUGGUGUCGUUUCUACAAAUUUUACAAUUGAAUGUAAUUCAACAGAUAAUUCAUUUACUUUGGAUAAAAUUCAACAAUUUUCAAUAUGUAGUUAUAGUAUUAAAUUUUUAACGAAAUUAGCAUGUGUAUGUCCUGGUGAUUGUUCAUCACAUGGUAUAUGUAAUACCAAUACUAUUAAAUGCGAAUGUAAUAGCUAUGCAAGUGGUAGUUCAUGUAAUGAAUUGAAAAUGAUAAUAUCAACAAUAUCCUCAACUACAAUCUAUGGUGGUGAUGUCAUGAUUUCAGGUGACUUUUCAAAUUUACCAUUAGAAAUUAAAAAUAAUUUAAAAAUUAAAAUUAAUUGGGACGAUUGUAAAAAUGUGAUAAAUAUAAAUAAUAAUACAAUUCAAUGUACAGCUGAUAAAGGUUAUAAUGGUAAUGGAAUUGAAGUUGAGUUCUCAAGUGGACCUUUGUCAACUGUAAUACCUGUGAAUUUCAAAUACAUUGAAAUACCAUGUCCAUUUAAUUGCUCCUAUCCAAAUGGUGUAUGUAAUAAAAUUCUAGGUACAUGUACAUGUAAUCAUAGUUGGAUAAAUGGUACUGGUUGUGAAUUAAUAAAAAUUAAAACCCACUCAAUUGAGCCAACAACUAUAAAUGGUGGUAUAACUAAUAUCAUUGGUGAUUUCACUAUGAUAAUAAAUAAUGGUACAACAACAUUUUUACCAAAUAAUUUAAUAAUUAAAAUCGGUGAUGAUGAUGAUGAUGACUCAUCAUUAUGUCAAGAUAUUAAAAUUUUAAAUGACACAAAUCUACAGUGUACUGUUUUACCUGGAAAACAAGGUAAAAAGAAUUUAACCAUUUCAUCAGGACUUUCAAUGGAUUUUAAUUAUCAAUUAUUUGAAUACUUUAAUAAGACUUGUUUAUUUAAUUGUUCAUACCCUCAUGGUGAUUGUGAUUUAUUUACAUCAUAUUGUAGUUGUGAUAGUCAAACUAAUGGCACAGGUUGUGAGAAUUCUAAACUUGUAAUAGAGUCAAUAGAUCCAACAGAUGAACCAGGUGGUCUAACAAAUGUUGUGGGAUUCUUUGGUAUUCCCACAUCGAAUUUUUCUAUUAAAAUUGGUGAUUUAUUAUGUAACAAUUUAUUAAUAAUAAAUCAAAGUUUAAUUCAAUGUGUUGUACCACCUGGAAAAGGAUUUAAAAAUGUUUUUAUAUCAGAUAGAGAUUUAUCAUUCAAUGGUGAAUUAAUGUUUAGAUAUUUUCAACCAAUUGUUACAAAUGCUCCUAAACAAUGUACAAAUUGUGGUGCAUUAAAUCAAGGUUAUUGUGCUUCUCAAGGUUGUAUUUGUCAUCCACCUUGGAUGGGUGUUGAUUGUCAAUCUCAAUAUAUAAUAAUACCACAACCACCAAAAAAUUCAACUAGUCCAUCUGUAGAAAUUCCAACAUUUUCAAAACCAAAUUCUACCAAUGGUGGUGGUGGUAGUACAACAAGUACAGAUAUUGAUGAAAAUGAAAAUAUUGAAAAAAAUGUUUUUAAAUCGUUAAUUGCAAUUAUUAAAUUAAGUGAAUUAGAUUUUCAAUCAAAUGAAAUUAAAUCAUUUACAUUUAGUGAAUGGAUUUAUAAAGAACUAACACCAUCAAAGUAUCAAUAUAAUACAACAAUUAAAGUACCAACUACAAAUGAUGGAGGAGGAGGAGUAUCACCAUCAUCAUCGUCAUCAUCACUAAAUGAAAGUGAAACUAAUAUUUCAGUAACAUUAGAAUGGUUUGAAAGUUUAACAAAUAUUACAUUUGCAAAUGAAAAUUUAAUAAUGAAUCCAUCAUCAAUUAAAUAUACAAUUGAAAUUUCAAAAUAUAAAUUCUCAAGUAAACUUAAUCAACUUCAAUUAGUAAUGAUGGCAGAACUAUCAUCUAAUAAAACUAAAGAUCUUUGCUCAAAUAAUGAAUUUGGUGAGACUUCAAGUGGAGAUAAUUCAAAUUACAUUAAAAUUCAAGUUGACAAUCAUUCCCUCUAUGGUAGAUUCAUAAAGAGAGCAAUAAUAGACUCAGUGCCAAGAGCAAUUGGUAAUGUACAAUUGGAUGAAACUAUGAGACCACUUAAAAACGCAUCGUCAUCACAAUCAUAUAUUGGUAUAGUUGUACCGUAUUUUGAAAAAUCAAUUAUAAUUGAUCCUGAUUUCUCUGUAUUAAUAGAUAGUAGUAAACUUGAAUCAAAUUCAAAUUCAAAUUCAAUUUGUCUUAUUCAAGAUCAAUUAAUAUCUGGUUUAACAAAAUCACAAAUCGCUGGUAUCAUCAUUGGUUCAAUUGCUUUCCUAUGUUCAAUAACUGCAAUGGUAAUUUAUUCAAUUCAUAAAUCAAAUAAAGAUAAAUCUUUAUUUUCAAAAAUUACAUUAAGAAAUUUAAAUAAAUAA